UGCUGUCGAGCGGCAAUUCGAUACUUUAUGCUAUUCUUUGACUAUUCAUUCAUACUCAUAUAACUAAAAUUUUAUUGUUGUUUGAGGAAAAAAAAAAAACAGAAAAAAAAAAAAACUAAUUUUCUUCUUCAAAUUCGUACUUUGUACUGCCUGAUGUUGCUGAUCAACAUUUGAACUGCUUUUCUGAUUCAUUCCACUGAAACUUUGCACUGAUCUACGUUGCUCCAGAAAUGGCGAAUGAUACCAUGAUUGUCACGAAUACUCCAGCGAGAGAUCUUGUCUCCACCAAUUUUGCCUAUUGUUCCCUUAUUGAUCUUCGUCGUCUUGCUGCCCCUGGAUCGCGCCUGGUUUUUGCUUAUGUUGGCGACUCUUGGGUCCUUUCUCUUGGUGCCCAUGACGAUGUGCCCAAUGGGAGCAUAGGUCUCAAUGCUGUCCAGCGCAAGUAUUUGAGAGUUUCCACUGGGGAUUCGAUUAGUGUAAAAAGGUUUGUUCCUCCUCAAGAUUUCAAACUUACUGUGCUUACUCUUGAACUGGACUAUUUAUCAAGAGCAAAAGCCAGAGAUGAACAAGUUGAUUCUGUUGUCGUAUCUCAACUAAUUAAGAGACGGCUAGUUGACCAGGUCAUGACAGUGGGUCAAAAGGUUACUUUUGAGUACCUUGGUAAUAACUUUCUUUUCACAGUUAGCCAGGCUGUUGUUAAGGGACAGGAAAAAUCGGAUAAUGAAAGGGGAAUGCUGACAGCGGACACAUAUAUUAUUUUUGAGGCAGCAGGUGGCAGUGGAAUUAAGAUAAUUAAUCAGCGUGAAUCUGCAAGCAGCAACCUUUUCAGACAAAAAGAAUUCAAUUUGAAAGCACUUGGUAUAGGUGGUCUUAGUGCAGAAUUUGCAGAUAUCUUUCGGAGAGCUUUUGCCUCCAGGGUUUUUCCUCCCCAUGUCACUAGCAAAUUGGGAAUCAAGCAUGUUAAGGGAAUGCUUCUUUAUGGGCCUCCUGGUACCGGCAAGACUUUGAUGGCUCGCCAGAUAGGAAAGAUGUUAAAUGGAAAGGAUCCAAAGAUCGUCAAUGGGCCUGAAGUGUUGAGCAAAUUUGUCGGUGAGACCGAGAAAAACAUCAGGGAUUUAUUUGCUGAUGCUGAGCAAGACCAGAGAACUCGAGGGGAUCAGAGUGACUUGCAUGUUAUUAUCUUUGAUGAAAUAGACGCUAUAUGUAAGUCAAGAGGUUCUACUAGGGAUGGUACAGGUGUUCAUGAUAGCAUCGUCAACCAGCUCCUAACAAAGAUUGAUGGGGUGGAGGCCCUCAAUAAUGUUCUGUUGAUUGGGAUGACCAACAGAAAAGAUUUGCUUGAUGAAGCUCUUUUAAGACCUGGACGUUUGGAGGUUCAGGUGGAGAUAAGCCUUCCUGAUGAAGCUGGUCGAUUGCAAAUUCUUGAAAUACAUACAACCAAGAUGAAAGAAAAUUCAUUUCUUGCACCAGAUGUCAAUUUGUCUGAACUGGCUGCCAGAACAAAGAACUACAGUGGAGCAGAGCUUGAAGGUGUUGUCAAGAGUGCUGUUUCAUAUGCUUUGAACAGGCAAUUAAACAUGGAUGAUCUUAAUAAGCCUGUGGAUGAGGAGAACAUUAAAGUUACCAUGAAUGACUUUCUGGAAGCUCUUGAAGAAGUUAGACCAGCUUUUGGGGCAUCUACUAGUGAUCUUGAAAGAUGCAGGCUUAAUGGCAUGGUGGAGUGUGGUGUACGACAUGAGCACAUCCAGCAACGUACCAUGCUACUUGCAGAACAAGUAAAACUUAGCAAAGGCAGUCCUCUACUAACUUGUCUUCUGGAAGGUCCAAGUGGCAGUGGGAAGACUGCAAUGGCAGCAACCGUUGGUAUCUGUAGUGAUUUCCCAUAUGUGAAGAUUGUUUCAGCGGAAUCUAUGAUUGGUCUCAGUGAAAGUACUAAAUGUGCACAUAUUGUCAAGGUUUUUGAGGAUGCUUACAGGUCACCCUUGAGCAUAAUUAUACUUGAUGACAUUGAGAGGCUCGUAGAGUAUGUGGCUAUCGGCCCUCGUUUUUCAAAUAUCAUCUCACAGACAUUGUUGGUUCUCUUGAAACGACUUCCUCCACUGGGAAAGAAACUUCUUGUGAUAGGGACAACCAGUGAAGUUGGUUUCUUGGAUUCAAUUGGCGUCCGUGAUGCGUUCUCAGUCACCUAUAAUGUACCAACUCUGAAAGCAGAAGAUGCUCGAAAGGUGUUGAAGCAACUCGAUGUCUUCUCGGAGGAUGACAUAGAUUCUGCUGCUGACGCGCUAAAUGAUAUGCCAAUCAAGAAAGUUUACAUGUUAAUUGAAAUGGCUGCUCAAGGAGACCGAGGUGGUAACGCAGAAGCCAUUUACUCAGGCAAAGAAAAGAUCGACAUAUCUCACUUCUACGACUGUCUACAGGACGUUGUACGCUACUGAUUCGCUUCAGUAUCAUGCUUAUCAAGCGUCUAGCUCUGAUUUUUGUUACACCAUAUUUCCGGAGGUUUUGAUCGACGAUUCAUACAUACACAUUCUUUUAUCUUUUUGUUUUUGAAUUUUUGGGUAUGAAAUUCUCUGAAACACUCCUAGAGUACUAGUCUUACCAUUGUUUUAGUCUUUAGCUGGAGUGUAAUCAGUUACUUACAGAUUUAAACCUUUAAAUCAAUACUUGCUAUCAUGCUUGGUGAAUUCGGAUUUUAAUUAAAUUAAUUUGUAAAUUCGGUUUGUUAUUUAUAGACUUUUAUUCUUGCGUUAUCCGAUAUGUUUAAAACUUGUUGUCGAAUAGUUUUAGUGAGGAGGCUGUUGUCGAAUCAUAGGCAAAGCUAGGCUUGGCUUGGGUCGGCCACCCCCCUCAACUUUUGAAAAUUUCUUUUUAUGAUAUUAGGCAUUAGCUAUGAAGAAUUUCUAUGAAGUUUGGUCUCUUGAACAACUAUAGUUUGGUUUUUGUUUCAGCCAUCGUCUCAAGUGUUGGCUUCAAAGAACAUUUUUUUCUUAGCCCUUGACUACCCUACUUAUGAGAAAAUGAUUCUCUAAUAUAUUGGUCAUACUCAUCACAAAGUUACAACUAUGAUCUAAAGCUUUCUAAACUUUUUCAUGAAUCAUACGAGAUUGAGUCACAAAUUUAUGAUAGAUUUCAUGUAGGUUUAUUAUUGGUGUAAGUUUUCACAUUGGAGUCAUAAGCUUUCAAAUUUAUCAGGUUGAUACAAUCGAUCCAUACCAAUAAAAGAAAUUCGCAUAUUAGACGAGUUUUAGAGAUAUCUUACAGUCUUGGCCAAUAUUUGAUUAUACGACAAAUACAUUACUCGAUUAUCCCGUUAACGUAUUAUUAGUCACGACAGAAAGCAAACAAUACACUAUUAAAAAGAAAGCAAAGGACGAAAGGGCAAAAUAGGGGGAGGAGAAGAGACCAUGAGUGAUGAUGACCUUCACCAGUUGAAAUUUUAAGAAAAAGAGAUUCGUUUUGGAUGGUUGAAGCACUCUUAUGACGUAAAAGUAUUCUUUUGGACCCACAAAAUAGAAUAUCAAUAUGCUCUCAAAGGUGGUUUUAGGCAUGUGUAAGAUACCCGAUUGCACAAACGACCUCACAUAUUGAUAAGUAUUGUGUAUUUUUGCUCCGCCUCUGAAUCUCCUAUCAGCUAAAUCUAGCUCUUGUGUGGUCUAUAAAUACAGUUCUGUGUUGCAUUUCUUCAAAUCCACAGCAAAUUCAUUCCAACAAAUACUUCUCUCGAUCUAAAUUAAGCUCAAAGUCAGUAAUCUAAGUUCAUAAUCAUGUCUGGCAGUUGUGGAAACUGUGACUGUUCUGACAAGAACCAGUGUGUGAAGAAGGGAAACCAGUAUGGAGUUGAGAUCAUAGAGGAUGACACCAUCUACUAUGAUGGCAUGGUGGAGGAAGGCGGGAACUGUGAUGGGUGCAAGUGCGGUGCUGGCUGCUCAUGCACCAGCUGCUCCUGCUGCAGUCACUAAGCAAACAACUGGCCUGCUUAUUAUCUCUAAUUGCAUGCCUUCAAAUCAAUGAUUAAUCAUUUAAUUUAGAGCCUUUAAUCGUCUACUUAAUAUGUACUAAUGUAUCAUGCUCUCCUAUAAGAGAAGUACUUGAUCAUGGAAUAAUUUCUUAGUUAUUGUCACUAAUAUGUAAAAUGUAAUGGCCCUUUUGUGCCUACUCCUUUUUUUUAUAUUGGUAUUAAUAUAUUUGGUUUAGUUUAUUA